AUGUCAGCAGAGCAAUUCUCAAAGCUCUCUCUCGGAGAGGAUAUGGUUACCACUCGUGCCGGGGCCGCAAGGGCCGCAAGAGCUAGUACACAAUCAUCGGGGCAUUCUGAGGAAGAUCAGCCCAUACCAUCCGUCGAGUCCACCGUUUCCCCUACGCCUUCCCUGGUUAUAUCAACGAAGAACCUUCAUUACAAUGUCUCGGCCUUCGACACCGACCUACGAAGGCGGGCCAAAAGAGGACUGGAAGGUAGCGAUAUCAGGCUCAAGUACUGCGCAGUCUCGGAAGAUGAUUAUAGCCCGAAUGGCAGCCCAAAGAAGUUCUUCCAUCUUGACGACGACAUCAUUGUGGCGAUGGGUGGGAAGUUACGAAGACCUGAGUGUACGUGUGGCGCAAAUGAAAAAGGUCUCGCGUGCAAGCAUAUCUAUUGGGUCGGAGACCAGAUCAUCUCAACUUCUCCAGACGAUAUGGUCAAGACGCCUCUUCACCUUUCUCCCGAUGGCUCGAAGAUCGAAGACGUCAAGCCUGCGGAACUACUGGACACCAAAGGCUUAGCCAAUAUCGCCAACGACCUGAAGUGGGUUUAUCGGGAUGACAAUCUGCCUGAAGACGAGGACUUGAAGGAGACAGUCAUUGAUAUGUUUUCAUGCUACGAGCCACAAGAUGCACUUCCUGGAGAGUUUCAAUAUCCCGAGUCGCCUCUUACUUCCGAACGGUCCAAGAAGUACCAGGAGUUGACAGAGCUCUUUACGCAGUACGCAAACUGGUAUCCCAGCCUAUAUCUCCAAAUGCGCAAGAUCAUCGACCCGGACUUCGAAAGCCGUGUCUUCUUCGAAAAGAUCGACAAGCGCAUUACUUCCACCUUCGACGCUUUGGAUGAGUACAUAGCCAAGGGACCAUACAACCUCUCUCAAGGCCCCCCUCGGUUCGACGUCUCCAGUUGUGCACAGAAGUUGACAUCACUAGUCAAAGCCAUUGAUGACUUCUAUCAACGCCAUGCUGACGUCGAGGACGUGGCCGUCCGAGCAGCGGCGGCUCUUGUUACGAUUCUCGACCGUGUUACGGACCGCGAUAAGAAUGCAUAUGAAGGCGUCAAGUGGAGUGUGAUGGAGGCCCUAUCAGACCCUGUUCAAAGCAACCUAUACGUUGCGUUGAUUGGAGCAGCAUCAGAUGACGACCCGCCAUUUGUUCUCGAUGCACUCGGGUCAUUGCCUCAGGAAGACGUAUACCGUAAUCAUUGGGCAAUGCUACAAGACAUCGAACGCAAGCUAACAGAUUCUCAUGCGCCCACUCAUUACAUGGCUCUCUUCCGCAAUGUCGUCUACGAGAAUCGCAAGAGGUCGGGUUCGGAGGUACACGAACGAGAAUCGAAGCGAGCAAUGCAGUAA